ACAGCAUCAAUCAUGACAGUAACAACAAGUUUGUGUGCAGACACAAACGUCCUGGGUUGUUAUGGGCUUGAGUCAUACCUGUAAAAACUGUAUGUGACCCUGCGACCCCUGGUUGCCAGGGAGAGAGCGGUGGGGCCAUGGCUACUGGGGCUACUGUUGGGGAGAGCCAACUCCAGAGGAUUAUCCGAGAUCUGCAUGAGGCUGUUGCUGAGCUUGCAAAGGAGUACAGGGAAAGUGGAGAGCCAAUCACAGAUGACAGUACCAACCUGCACAAAUUCUCCUACAAACUGGAAUACCUGCUACAGUUUGACCAGAAGGAGAAGACCACAUUUCUUGGUACAAAGAAGGACUACUGGGAUUACUUCACUGACUGUCUGGCUAAAAUAAAAGGGGCCAAUGAUGGGAUCCGCUUUGUCAAAUCCAUCACUGAACUGAAGACAUCUCUGGGGAAGGGACGAGCAUUUAUUCGCUACUCCCUCGUACAUCAGCGACUGGCUGACACGCUCCAGCAGUGCCUGAUGAACCAGAGAGUCACCAGUGACUGGUACUAUGUACGAAGCCCCUUCCUGAAGCCCCACCUCAGUGUUGACAUCAUCAGUCACCUGUAUGAACUCAAUGAUGUCCAGUUUGAUGUGGCUUCCAGAGGAUAUGAUCUUGAUGCCUCCUGGCCCACAUUUGCAAGGAGAAUGCUUGGAAGUGCAAACUCGCCCGGCCAUAUGUGGAAACCACCCAGUCGCAGUUCCAGCAUUAACAGUCUGGCCAGUACCUACUCCCAGCAAGCACCUGAGUUCCCUUCUAGCCCUGAUUAUGGUCACAGUCUGCUGAACGACCUGAAUGAGUCCCUGCCUGCCUGCACCGAAGAUGUCAGCACAGUUGACGACCUCCGCCUAGAGCUGGACCAGUCAGAGCUUAAACAGCGGGAACUCCUCGAUAAGGUGCAGCAGCUGGGCGAGGAGGCUGCAGAGCUCAGGGGCGUAGUGGUGGAGCUUCAGAGGCAGCUGGAUGUGUCCUUUGCUGCCCAAGAGGAGCAGCGGGGCUUGCAAGGAGAACUCAAGGCUUCGCAGGAAAGAGAGGGGGCCAUGUCGAGGGAGGUAGAAGCACUCAGGACUAGGGAGAAAGCCAUGGAUGCUGAACACCGCCUGCUCCAGGAAAAGUUGGGAGCUGCUGAGGGGAAGAACAUAGAGCUCAUGGCCAAGUUGGACGGAGUUCUGAAUGAGAAGGGCCAGCAGGCGGCCAGCUACUUUGAUUCUGCACAAAAGAUACACGAGUUGCUGGACAGAUUGAAAGAGGCAGAGAAAGGGAAGAUGGAAGCUGUAGCAGAGGCAGAGGAGAAGAAGAGGCAGGCAGAAAGGCUAGAGGAAGAGCUGAGAGUCAAGGAGAUAGCUGCAAAGGAUGGUGAAACAAAACUCGGAGCAUUAGUUACAUCUGUGUCUGAGGAGAAAGCCAAGUUGGAGUUGAAAGUGGAAGAACAGUGUAGUGCCCUUGACAAGCUGCAGGGGGCCUUGACAUUGAGAGAGAAGGAGGCGAACAACCUACAAAGGCAGCUGCAGGACCUCCAAAGAUGUCUUGAAGAGAAUGAGAAAGAGGUGGAGGUGGUGAAGAGGAUGGCGCAAGAAGAUAAAGAUGAAAUGCAGAAGAAUGUUAGUAGCUUAAAAGAGACUUUAGAAGCAGAAGUCACCACUCUCAAAGAGCAGGUGGAAAAGAAACAAGCAGAGCUAACCUCCAACCACAAGACACUACAAAAGCUAGACGCCAAGAACCAAAGCCUCAACACAGAAAGGGAAAAACUGACAACUAGGCUUGCUGAGCUGGAGGGUAACGUCAAAGAACACACAACAAAGAUAGAAGACUACAAGACACAGUGUGCCAAUUUAAUGGACCUGAAUGGGAAGCUGCUGGCGACGGUGAAGAGAAAUGAGGAGUUGAAGAAGGAGAUGGCAGACAACAGAGCAUUGCUUGACGCUGAAUUAGCAUCUCUAAGGGCUUCUGAGAAACAGCUUCGAGGCCAGCUGGAUGAUACCAAGGUGACAGUGGAUGAAAAAGAGAAGCGGUUGCGUGAGGAGAACCGCAAGUUGGAUGAGAGUCUGCAGCGAGCCACCAUGGCCGCAAAGCUCUCAGAGACCACGUCAAAGCGGCUGGAGCAGGAGAACCAGAGUCUGAGAGAGGAGCAGGACACUGUGAAAGCAGCUCUUAGUCGCAUGCAAUCGGACCUGAAGAGUGUUCACGGGCAGAUCGGAGAGUUGGAGAAGAAUUUAGGAGCUUCACGUAAGAAUGAAGCCAGUCUUCAAGAACAGCUCCAAAGCAAAGAGGCCCAGCUAGGGAGUAAAGAGAAGAACCUUGUUGAGCUGCAGUCCAGGUUAAAAGCUCUGGAGGCCAGAGAGAAGGAGCUUGAGACCGCCAAAGCUGAUGCAGAAGCAACCUGUGCUAAACAGACGGAAGUGAUUGAAAGGGUGACCUCUGAGAAGCAGGCGAUAGAGAAAUCUCAGCUGGAGAGGACUGCUGUGCAAGUAAAGGAGAACCAAGAAGUGACAGGCAAACUGACUGUUGUUGAGAGCCAGUUGGAGGUGAACAUGAAAGAAGUGUCCAGGCUCCAGGCGGAGAUCCUGGACCUCAGGGUCCAGGCACAGAGGUCUGGGGAGGAAAAGCUGAAAUCCCAAGCACAGCUGGAGGUGACGCAAGCCCAAAGAGAUGAGCUCAGGACUCUGACUGAGCAGCUUAAAGCUCAGACAGAGGCACUGAAUCAGAAGCAUGUAACGGAGCUUAUGGAGUGCAAAAAGAAAGAAGAGGCACUGAUUGAACAGCGUGACAGUGAAGUAGCUGCCCAUGCCGAGCUGGCUAUCUCUGCAGCUGCCAUCCGUGAAGAGCUGUCCACACUCAAGUCAGAAAAUGACAGGCUGGUCCUAGAGAACAGUGAGACACGUGAGGGUCUGCACAGGGCCAACACAGAGAUGGCAGAGCUGGGGAUGACCAUCUGUAGGCUAAGUGCAGAAAAAGAAGAGGCCAGAGAGCACUGGGCAGGCGACGCUGCCAGGAUUGAAGAGCUGCAGAAAAUGGUGGAGCGACUAGAAGAGUGCAUGACAGAACUGCGACUGGAGAAUAACAGACUAAGAGAGGAGCUAACACAGAAGGAGACACUUCCAGGGACUGUCACAGAGCUCCAGGAGCAACUGCAAAAGGCCAAGAAUCAAGUGCAGAGCGCCAAGGACUCCAGCCGUGAGGAGAUGGAGGCCGUCAAAUUCCAGAUGAGCUCAGAGAGCAUGAAUCAUCAGACCCAAAUGAAGAGUGUCAAUGAACAGCUGGACAAGGUGAAAGCCCAGCUGCAGGAGGAGCUGAAGAAUGUAUCCAGCUUGCAGGCCAAAGUGUUUAAACUAGAGGCUGUGAAUGAGCAGUACUUGCAGCUAACUGGUGAGAAAGAUGCUCACAUCACAAAGACAGAAUCAACCAUUCGUGAGACUGAGAGCGAGAUUCAGCAACUGAAAGAUGCAGCAAGCAGUGCCGAAGAAGCGCACUUGGCUGUGCAAAAGGUGUGCGAGGAAUUGAAGCAGAAACUCAACACAACGGAUGCUGACAAGCAAAGCCAGUACCUGAGGAUGACUGCAGAGAUCGAUGACCUCAACAGAACCAAGACCAACCUCGAAGAGCGGCUCAUUGAGCUUAUCCGGGACAAAGAUGCUCUGUGGCAGAAGUCGGAUGCUCUGGAGUUUGAGCAGAAACUGCGAGCAGAGGAGCGCUGGUGGUUGGUGGAUAAAGAGGCCACUCACUGCCUUGGCUGCCAGGGCCAGUUCACCUGGUGGCUGCGCAGACAUCACUGCAGGCUUUGUGGUCGCAUCUUCUGCUACUACUGCAGCAACAACUAUGUGAUGACCAAGCACAGUGGGAAGAAGGAGCGCUGCUGCAGGGACUGUUACACCCAAAGUAGUGCGGUGGUGGAGAGGUUCACAGAGGCAGAACUGAGUCCUUCAGAUAUCCAGCCUCCUCCACCUGUAGCAGGACCUCAACCACCUCCUGCACCAGCCCCGUACAAACCCACCCCCAGGGUAACAGUUUCUGACCCCAGCAACCGAUCUGACGAUGGAGCUUUCGACAUCAUCACAGAAGAGGAAGUGAACGGUGUUUACGACAGUGACACCACCUCCCAAACAACAGGUGGCUCACUGGAGAAUGAACAAGACCGACGGCCUCCAGGAGCAAUGGAUAUAGGCACAGGAGAUUUGACCCCUGAUGACCCUGAAGAGCGUGUCCCCACUGUUCAGGAUUCAGAGAUCAACCUUCUCAAAUCAGGGGAAGUCACGAUGGCUGUUCCUCUCAGCAUCGAUGAUAUCUCUCAGUUUGGUGACGGUUCCAGGGAACUCUUCAUCAAGUCCAGCUGUUACAGUGUGAUAACUGUUGCUGUGGGUGACUGUGGGCCAACCAUCAGCUGGAUGUUUUCCUCUGAGCCCAAAAGCAUCUCCUUUAGUGUGGUUUACCGGGAAUCCAUUGACAUUCAGGUGGAACAGUCAAAGGUCCUGAUUCCUCUGACUCGCUGCAAUUCCCAUAAAGAGACAAUUCAGGGCCAGCUGAAAGUCCGUCACCCCGGCCUCUACACACUCAUCUUUGACAACUCAUUCUCACGGUUUAUCUCCAAGAAAGUCUUCUACCAUCUGACCAUGGAGAAACCCGUAAUCUACGACGGAAGCGACUUUCCCUGAAGCCGGAUAACACACACUCUCACAGAGGCAUCAUCAUGAUGUCACUCAGGCUUCAGGGAGACUGAAGGUGAAGGCAAUUCAUUGACUGUUUUUAAUUGAUUUGACUUUUACCCCAAACCUGUUUUUACCCAAGUAUUUUCUGCUUUCAAAAAUGUUUCUGUAUUAUUUAACUUUGUGGUGUUUAUGUUUUGAGGUGUGCUCAUGUUUUAACUGUAGCCUAAGUGAGGUGUGGUCAACAAAAUGAAAGAGGUUUUAGAAAGAGAAAUAGAAAGACAAAUGUUUAUGCAAGUUCAUAUAUCAUCAUAUAUAUUUUUUAAAAUAUAUACCAAGUAAUAUACGUACCUUUAUUUCAGCUAGGUUUAAAUUAGUAACUUGUUCAUUUAGAGAAAUUGUGUAAUUUUGUUAUUUCUUUCUGUAAUUUUUGUUUGUUUUUUGGUUUGACCUCUCUUUUCCCAAGUAUGCUGUUCCUUUAGGGAAUGCAGAUCACUGCAAGUAACACUAGCAAUAUGAAACCUGACAUUAGACUGUUGUCAGACAUCAAAUGUUGCAAAAAUGGUCUAUGAAGACCCAGAAAGAUUUUCAUAUUUUAACUCUUGGCCAGUUUAAAAUGUUUCAAGUGUCGUGCAAUCCUUUAAAUCAAAUGGCCAAAGGAAGAAGAAGAAGUGCAGAAAAGUGGUUUGCUCGUGGUUUGUUUAUUAAUUGAAUCGUCUGAACAUAUUUGCACUGUGCCAGCGCAGGAAGGAAACAAAGCAGUAAACGAUAACGGGACUCGAAAAAUACAGUUUCUGCUUGAAAUAAAAGCAUACGCACUUUGUGCAAAUCUCAGGAGUGGGACAUAAAAUUGUCCUUCAGCGGUAGCGUGUCCUAAUUUCAUGUUUUUGGAAAACAAAACAAAAAAAACAGAAGAAAAACUGCCGUCUUACUUUCUGUGUAAGGAUAUCUGCACACCAGCUUUGUCCAUCCAGUUUAUAGGAUCCAGUGAAGCACAGUGCCUAUACUUACUGUACACAGGUUGAUUUGUCGUUACAAUGACAUUAACUUAAAAUAUAUUACUCACUGUCCGCUAACGAGCUACUGUACUUUAAAGUGCCUAUUAACUCUAAUUGUCAGGAAUUAGUUUUCUUUUGUAGCUAUAUAUUUCAUCCAGAACAUGAUACUUGGUAUGAAUUGGCACUAUUCUGUAGAAACUUAAUUCCAUUGACAUUUAAAAUACAAUAUGAAUGCACAAUAUUAUUUCAGUUGUGUCAGUUGAAAUGAUUUUUCUCUUUGGUUUUCAUUUUAAAUCCCUGGAAUCUUUUUGUCACGUUUAGAUAACGCUCCUGCUUUUCUUACUCUCAGUGAUGAAAUGGGUUGGAAUAUUGUGUGCUGUUUAUUGUUUUGUUUUUUUUAUCACAAAGCAAUAAGAAAAACAACAAGCUUGAUCACCUUUGGACACAACCUUAUGCUCGUUAAUGAAACAAGGGCUUAUCUCUAUGCUGCUUUUGUGGAGAUCUGUUGGUUUCACAGUCAGAUCUCUUAUAUUUGUGAUGGGUGUAAAUUGAUGCAAUUUGUAUGCAAAGCCUCAUAUUUUCUCUACAGAGCUGCACUUUGUGAUAAUUAUUUUAUACAUUGUUACAAACAAUAUGAAAUCUGUUAAGUUUACAUGAUCUUUGUCAAGUAAUUCACACAGGGACAGAUUUUUCUACUUGCUAUUUUUGAACGAUAAUUCCUAGGGGAAUUAAAAUGUGCGUGAAUUAUCACUACGAGCACACAGUGUAACUAGUAAUAGACAAGUCAAACACCCAGAAAACAUGAAUAAAAUGUGAGAGUGAUGAUGCCUCUGACAUCCACUAACUUGAUUGUGUCUGAUUUAGUGUUUGACAACUUGGAACGUCGGAACAAGAUCAGCACAUUACAUCUGUGUGUCACCUCACUAAUUCAGAAAUCACCACACCCUUCUGAAAAAAACUCCUUUCUAAAUUUAUAUCUGAAGGGAUAUGGAGGAGUUUUUUUUAUGAUUUUGAAGGUCCAAAAGAAGAAGAACAAAAAAAAACAAACAGUAAAUGCAGAU